ACGCUGUCAGGGGAGCAGGUGUGAUAGGGGUGCGUGCCUGUGUGUGUGGGUUCCCGUGCGUCCUGUGCCCAAGCCCUUUGUGGCGCCCCUGUGUGUGCCUUAGAGACCCCUCCUCCACUCUGAACCCACAGUGCCCCUGGAGGCUGGGUGGGGGGCAUCUCCCCAGGAAGCUCCGAGCUGCCUGUGGCCCCAGAGGCACAGGAAGAGAGGCGUGCAGUGAGGGACGCCACAGGGCGAGACCACCCCACACGCCGUCCAGUGCAGACCCUCUGGCAGCAGGAGGUGGACAUCCUGGCUCUGUGGCCCCUUCCCUUUGUCUCAUCUCAGUCCUUCCUGCUCCACGGGAGCCCGUUUCCUCUUGGCCCGAGGCGGAGGGAGAGCUGCUGUGAGGAGCCACUGGGCGCUGAGCCAGCCAGAAACUUCGACACUCUCAGGAAGGAAAACGUCUAUGAGAACAACAAGCUGGCCUUCCUCGUGGCGGAGGAGCAGCUGGGCAUCCCAGCCCUGCUGGACGCCGAGGACAUGGUGGCCAUGAAGGUGCCGGACCGGCUGAGCAUCCUCACCUAUGUGUCCCAGUAUUACAACUACUUCCACGGACGCUCCCCCAUUGGGGGCCUGGCCGGUGUAAAAAGGUCCCAGUCCGAUUCCGAUGAGGAGCCCUCCGGGAAGAAGGCCCCACCCCAGCCGGCCCCAGCCCGGGGGCAGCCGCUGUCUCCCAUCAGCACCAACGCCGUUCGCCAGCGGAAGGCUGGGGGUGCAGAGGGAGCACCGCUAAAGGCUGGCCAGGCCUCAUCUGGCAGUCGGGUUAGCAGCGCCUGUGGGGUCUGCGGCCAGCAUGUGCACCUGGUGCAACGGCACCUGGCCGAUGGGAAGCUGUACCAUCGGAGCUGCUUCAGGUGCAAGCAGUGCUCCAACACGCUGCGCCCAGGGGCCUACCGGACCACAGCAGAGCCAGGCGUCUUCGUCUGUUCCAGCCAUCACCCCACAGCUGCCACUGCCAGUCCCAUGCUGCCCGGCCGGGCCCCCAGACAGCCAGGGGCAGCCCCCACGGACUCCAAACCCCUCAGUGCCCCGCAGACGGCCCAGGAGGCAGGGGGGCGAAGAGAUGCAGGGCCAGGGGCCAGGCCCACAACCCGGGAGCUUGUGGUGGGCAACUCCACGGCCAAAGGCUUUGUUCCCACUGCGGCUCCCCCUCCAGCCACCACCCCCUCCCAUGUCCUCUCAGGGAGCCCAGCUGGGCCCCGGCUCUCUCCAAGCCCCUGUCCUGCUGUGACCCACAGAGCCCCAGACCCUUGCCUGGCCACACAAGGCUGCUCAGCCCCCCAGACCAAGCUCAGUCCCAGCCCAGCAUCUGCAGGCCCAAUGGGUGCCCCGGCCUGGACCCCGUCGGCCUCCAGGACACAGCAGGCGAGAGAGAGGUUCCUACAGACACCUGGAGCUGCACCCAGCCCUGGGCCAAUGGGCAGGGCCCUAGCGGCAGCAGAUGCGCCCUCGGGGCUCAGCCACAGGGAGCAAGCACUGAGCUGCCUCCGAAAGGCCCUUCCAAGGCUGGAGGGGGCCAGCGCUCAGGCGCCUGGCAGGCCCUCCCCAGCUACCUCUUCUGCUCCAAGUGGCCUUCCCAGAGCUGAAGGGCCACAGGCAAGGCCACCCACCAAGCUGCCACCGUCGACGUCUCCCCAGGCCCUCAGCCCCCCAGUAAAGAUGGCACCACCAGCCCCACUGAUUGGGGGCACCACCUCAGGGGCAUCUACACCACCCCAGGCGGGCAGGAAGAGCUCAGCUGUGUCCUUAGUGGUCAGCAGGGCAGGUGCUGGCUCCAGGCUGAAGCCAGAGGCCCCACUGGCAAAGGGCCCAAAAGCCAGCGCCCAGGAAGGCCAAGAGGAGGGGCCAGCAGGGUGGAGGGGCCGCCUGAAGCCUGUGGAGAAGGGGAGCCCAGCCAAGAGGGCCCCGGAGCUGGCGCAGCCGCAGGUCCCGAGGGAGCUGAGGGCGGGAGAUGCUCCUCCAAAGGUCUCAGGGAGCUCCGAGGCGGGAGUCCGAAUUACCCUGACCCCUGAGCGGCCAGACAGGUCACUGGGCCCAGCCGGCCCGAAGCCCAGCCUCCCAGCCACAGCCCCCUCCCCAGCCCACCGCAGGAAGCUGCUCGUCCCUGCCAGCCUGGACAUCACUAGUGACUGGCUUCAGCCCAAACCCUUGCGGCAGGAAGCCCCGGCCCUGAGCAGGAAAGAGGGGGAGAAGCCUUCCCCUGAGGACAGAUCUGGGAAGCCCUUGGGCCAGGCCGACAUCCCCGCUCCACCUGGCAGGGCAGCGACUUCCCCCAUCAGGCCACACCCCGACCACGUGCCCCAGGAGGAGAUCCAGCGGCAGGUGCAGCAGAUCCAGCAGCAGCUGGACGACCUGGAGCUCAGAGGAGUGGAUCUGGAGAAGCGGCUGCGGGAGGCUGAGGGGGACGCCUCGGAGGACGCGCUCAUGGUGGACUGGUUCCGGCUCAUCCACGAGAAGCAGCUGCUGCUGCGGCUGGAGUCGGAGCUGAUGUACAAGUCCAGGGACCAGCACCUGGAGGAGCAGCAGCUGGACAUCGAGGAGGAGCUGCGCCAGCUGAUGGACAUGCCCCAGGGUCUGAAGUCACCCCAGGACUGGCAGCGGGAGCAGGACCUGCUGACUCAGUAUGUGAGCACCGUGAACCACCGCAGCGACAUCGUCGACUGCCUGGAUGAGGACCGGCUCCGAGAGCAAGAGGAGGAUGAGGUGUUCGAGAACAUGAUCCAGAAGCUGGGCCUCCAGAGGAAGAAGUCCAAGAAGUCCAAGAUCCGCUGGUCCUUUAAGGGAAGAAGCAGGACCCCAGAGUGAGAUGCCCAGCGGCUGCAAGACCCUGGCCCCAGGGCCGGUCUGGGUGGGCACUGUGAAGUGGCCCUGGACCACCCUCUGUGGGGUCCGAGUGGCCUCAAUAAAGAAACCGACCACAUGG